GAGGGUGCAGGGUGUGUGUGCCCCCGACCCUGGGCUGGCGGAAGGCUUCUCCACGUGUUUUGGGGAACUGCAGCCAACGGAUCCCUCCCCUGGGUGUUCUGGGAGGGCUUGGCCAACAUGUGAGAAAGGGAGGGGAGAGUCUGAAAACAACCCAGCCAGCGCUAAGGGAAGAAGAGAGCUGGGAAGUGACCUGCUCGCCUCUCUCCCAGCAGUUUGCUCCAGGUGGGAGAGCAGGAGGGGAAAGGAAUCCCUGCAGAUCCUGUGUGGCAAAGCACGGCGUGGCACAGUGGAGCUCGCAGUUCAGAGGUGGACCAACAGAUGGAACAUUCCACUAGGAAGAACGAAACUGUUCUUACAAGGUAAUUUGCUCCGGUUAGAUUGAAGUCUGCUCAGGGAGGCUUGUGGUCAGCGGUGACUGGGAGCGCUGGGAACACCUGAGUGAUCAGCUGAGGCCUUGAAGGGAGAACGUUAAGACUACAUUUCAUUGUCAGUUCUGUUCAGCAGCUAUGGAAAUAGAAAAGCAGCAUGUUUAUGUUAGCACAGUAGAAGUGGAGAAUCUGAGUGAUGCUCUGUUCUCCGGCGAUGAAGAAAAUGGUGGCUCUGAGGAACGAAAGACUGAAAUCAACGGCAAUUGGAUUCCUGCAACUUCUAUUACCGAAGCCAAAAUAAAUGCUAAAGCAAAGAGGCGGUUGAGGAAGAAUUCUUCAAGAGAUUCUGGGAGAGGAGACUCUGUUAGUGAGAAUGGAGAGACGCAGAAGGCUGGGCUGGUUGUACCAACAAGCCCUAAGGGGAAAGUCCUGGACAGGCGCUCCCGGUCUGGGAAAGGAAGAGGUCUUCCAAAGAAAGGUGGAGCAGGUGGUAAGGGAGUCUGGGGAACACCAGGUCAAGUGUAUGAUGUGGAAGAAGUAGAUGUUAAGGAUCCUAAUUAUGAUGAUGACCAGGAGAAUUGUGUCUAUGAAACAGUAGUUUUACCUCUGGAUGAAAGAGCAUUUGAAAAAACCUUAACACCGAUCAUACAGGAAUAUUUUGAACAUGGAGAUACCAAUGAGGUUUCGGAGAUGCUGAAGGAUUUAAACCUCGGUGAAAUGAAAUACAGUGUGCCAGUGCUGGCUGUUUCCUUGGCACUAGAGGGGAAGGCCAGUCACAGGGAGAUGACAUCUAAGCUUAUCUCUGACCUUUGUGGGACAGUAGUAAGCAAAACUGAUGUGGAAAAAUCAUUUGACAGACUGCUAAAAGAUCUACCUGAAUUGGUGUUGGAUUCUCCCAGGGCACCACAGUUGGUGGGCCAGUUCAUUGCCAGAGCUGUUGGAGAUGGGAUUCUGAGCAGUACUUACAUAGAUGGCUACAAAGGCACUGUGGAUUGCAUCCAAGCUCGAGCUGCACUGGACCGAGCUACUGUGUUACUGAGUGUGACAAAGGGUGGAAAUCGCAUAGACAACGUGUGGGGCUCAGGAGGUGGCCAGCAGUCUGUGAAACACCUUGUUAAAGAGAUUGAUAUGCUGCUGAAAGAGUACUUGCUUUCUGGAGACCUGCUGGAAGCUGAACGUUGCCUUCAGGAACUGGAAGUACCCCAUUUUCACCAUGAACUUGUAUAUGAGGCAAUUGUGAUGGUUUUGGAGUCAACUGGAGAAAAGACCUUUAAAAUGAUGCUGGAUUUGCUGAAAUCUCUCUCGAGGUCUUCUGUCAUUACUAUGGACCAAAUGAAAAGAGGCUAUGAACGAGUUUACUGUGAAAUACCAGACAUUAACCUGGAUGUGCCACACUCCUAUUCUGUGCUUGAGCGGUUUGUAGAGGAAUGUUUUCAGGCUGGAAUCAUCUCCAAACCACUGAGAGACGUCUGUCCUUCAAGGUACUUGCUUUAUUACAAAGAGGUGCUGGCGCUCAGUUUGAAAGCAGGAUCUUAUAACCUGGGUGUGACAGGCUGGUACAGAGACUAGGGAAGAUGGAGGAACAAAAAGAGCAGGGUGGAUACGUAUCUGAGGGAAGUGAGCCUCUGCUGGAAUCCCCGGCAGCGUGCUUAUGUGCUGCAGCAGAUGAAGGCCUGCCUCUCCUCUCAGUUUUGCUCAUUUGUUUGGCAGAGAUCAGCGCAGUGGAGCUGGAAGAUUCAGGAGUUUUAAUGAUCCGUGCAGACAAACCUGAAGGGGAAAAAAAAAAAGUUUUAAAACAGUUUAAAACAUUGUAAACUGAACUGAGUUCCAGGAUUAGACACCAGUCGUAAUGUUUUUGUCAAAAAGCAACAAGGCAUUUAUGUGGCAAAAUCUCUACAUACCUGAUUUAAAAAAAAAGGCAACCAUGAGAUGCACGAAUAUUGUAGUGUUCUCUGUUUCAUUAUUGUUUUACUGUAGCUAAUCAGUGUUCUGUAUUUUCAGUCAGAAUACAACCUGUAAAUUUCAUUUCCUAUGGGGAAUUCGUAAAAGUUUAAAUUUGAUGCUAAAACUAUUCAUGAUUUCAUGCAUCAGAAACGCUGUCAGGUAUUUUCCAGUCUGUCUGUAUCUCAGUAUCAACUUGCACGUGGGUUUGGUAGGGCUGAAAGUCAUUGCUGUGACAAAAGCUGGAUUAUACUGCAGCUCUCAUCAAUAUACUGAGGUGUUUUGAGCUUGUAUUUCAGUUUGGGGUAGAAAAAUACCAUUUUUAGGCUUUCAAGCUAGCAGCUUUUAGAAGUGUGAAUGGUAAUGUUCAACAUUAAACGGUUAGGAGAGUAGAAAUUUGAACAGCCUAAUAACCUUAGAUGUAGCAUUCGGGUGCCUUAGUUUGCUAGUGAUCAUGACUCAUUCUGCUCAUCUCAUACACCUCGCAUUUGGCUCCCAAGACCAAGAGAAGAUUCUUCACAAUGACAGAUGGGCAGAAGAAGUGAUGCUGCUGUACACUUG